AUGGCUCCUCUGGGUGAAGUUGGGAACUAUUUCGGCGUGCAGGAUGCGGUACCGUUUGGGAAUGUGCCCGUGUUGCCGGUGGACAGCCCGGUUUUGUUAAGUGACCACCUGGGCCAGUCCGAAGCAGGGGGGCUUCCCAGGGGACCCGCAGUCACGGACCUGGAUCACUUAAAGGGGAUUCUCAGGCGGAGGCAGCUCUACUGCAGGACUGGAUUUCACUUGGAGAUCUUUCCCAACGGUACCAUCCAGGGAACCAGGAAAGACCACAGCCGAUUCGGCAUCCUGGAGUUUAUCAGUAUAGCGGUGGGCCUGGUCAGCAUUCGAGGCGUGGACAGCGGACUCUACCUCGGCAUGAAUGAGAAGGGGGAGCUGUACGGAUCGGAAAAACUAACCCAAGAGUGUGUAUUCAGAGAACAGUUUGAAGAAAACUGGUAUAACACGUACUCCUCAAACCUGUAUAAACACGUGGACACUGGAAGGCGGUUCUAUGUCGCAUUAAAUAAGGACGGGACCCCCCGAGAAGGAACGAGGACUAAACGGCACCAGAAAUUCACACAUUUUUUACCCAGACCGGUGGACCCCGACAAAGUACCGGAACUCUAUAAGGAUAUCCUAAGCCAAAGUUGACAAAGACCAUUUCUUCACUUGAGCCCUUAAAAAAGUUACCACUA